UUCUCUUUCCCAGGGGAGCUGAGGCGUAGCUGUGCACCAUGGCCCUGGCGGUACGCUGUAUCCGUCAGCUGCAUCCGCUGCUCCAUAGUUUUCUCGCGGGAGCAGCCAGGUCACCCCAGCAGGUUCCCGCAGGCUGCUCAGCCCUGCUCCUGAACGCCUCCAGGCCGCACGGGGUCUGUCAAACAGUGCCGACCAGGCCUGUAGUAACCAAGAAGGGCAAAGCUAAAGGAAAAGGGCAGUCCCAAGCCAGAGUGACCAUCGAUGCUGCCUCAGUGGAGGAUGUCAUCAAUUUAGAGGAAGUCAAUGCAGAAAUGUUGUCGGUGAUGGAAGUUCUUAGGGAAGAUUUCAGCAAAAACCUCAGUAUCAGAACCUCGGCAGGGGCUCUUGAUCAUAUUAUCGUGACAACGAAAGAUGGAAAGUUUCCGCUCAACCAGCUUGGGCAGAUCUCGCAGAAAUCACCUCAGCUUAUUAUAGUCAAUAUGGCUAGUUUUCCAGAGAGUACAGCUGCAGCUAUCAGGGCUAUAAAGGAAAGUAGAAUGAACCUGAACCCGGAAGCAGAUGGGAUAAUAAUUCGGGUGCCAGUUCCUAAGGUGACCAGGGAGCACAGGGAGAGCCUUGUCAAGCUGGCCAAGCAGUACACCAACAAGGCAAAGGACUCCCUCCGGUGGGUGCGGAACAAUGCCAUAAGCUGUGUCAAGAAGACUGAGAGCACGGUGUCUAAAGACACUAUCCAUCUGUUGGAGAAGCAGAUCCAGCAAAUGACUGAUGAUACCAUGGCAGAGAUGGACAAGCUGCUGGCAGCCAAGACCAAGGAUCUGCUUGUAUGAGCCAGCUGCAAGUGAGCAUGGACUGGGUGCACUGAUGGGGACCUCUGUGCUCAGGUAGCAACCCCAUGCAGCUGAUGGGACAGGUCAACUCAUGCUUCACGGGCAGAUUCACAACUUGAUUACUCAUCUGAUUGGCUCUUGAUUGUAUUCGGUGGGGGAUGAAGAGAGGAGCUUGGGCAUGUGUGAAGCACUCUGGCCUCUUUUGAGGACAGAACAGGGCUGUGGCAGGGAAGUCUGGGGGAAAACGACAGAAUUUGCAGUGCCCUCCACAGAGGCACACAGGAGACCAAGGGGCCUGUGCUGCUGUGGGCAAUGCCAGGUGGGAGGGACUGGCAUGAGGGG